CGGGGACCUGCGCAGCAUGAGAGAACAGAUGGGAGCAAAGAGUUACAGAGAGUAGAAGCAAAUAGCAGGCAACAAAGAGAAUAAAAAGAAGGGAACCUUGCUUUCUUAAUUUAUUUUUUCCUCCUCUAUUUUUCUUUCCCCCCCUCCGCUUUCUACUUCUUUCUUUUCUUGAGCAUUUUUGGACGAACUUUUCUUCAGACCGUCUUGGCUUGGCUAUUUUUUUUUCGAUUUUUUAUCUUUUAUUUUUACGAGGUAUUUUAUAACUUUUUUUUUUUUUUUUUUUUUUUUUUUGCUCAGUAUUGUGUGUGGCAAAAAAAAAAAAGUUAGUGUCCAGCCGAGUGAUCGAGGCGCUCUGCAGGGAGGAGGAGGAGGGGGGGGAAAGAAAAGGAGAAAAAAAAAGUUGCCUUUGUUGCCAGUCAGCUCUUUAUUAUGUUUAUGUUAUUAAAGGCAGGAGGCUGAGGAGAGAGGGUCGGGCUGUGCGUGCGUGUCCUGUGCCCGUGUGUGCCGGGAGCGUGGCUCUGCUCCCCCGGACGCUGCCUGCUGCGCUCUGCUAGGGGCGCGAGCAGCUUGUGGCUUUCCUCUUGCAGCCUGCGCGCAGCCCCCUCGGAGGGGCGUGUGCGCGUGUGUGUGUGCGUGCACGGACGCUCCUCUCUUCUGCUGCUGCUGCUGCUGCUGCUGCUGCUGCUGCGCUUGCGGAGCCCGCGCUGCCGGGCGCGAAGGGGGCGGCCGGCGCUCCCCCAGCCGGGGGCGUGCGGCGCAGCGUUAGUGUGAGCGGCGCUGCGCGGCUCGCUGCCGCCGCGCCGGCGGUGCGCGCCUCUCCGCGCCUCUCCGCCGCGGCGGCGGCUCUGCGGGCCGGCUCCGGCUCCGGCGGUCCCCCGGUGCCGGUUGCUAUGGUGCCGCGGCCCGGCGUGCUGUGGGCAGUGGCGGCGGCGGCGCUGGCGCUGCUGGUGCGGCGGGCGGCGGCGGCGGCGGCGCUGGCGGGGCCGGUGGUGCGUUGCGAGCCCUGCGACGCGCGGGCGCUGCAGCAGUGCAAGCCGCUGCAGCCCGACUGCGCCGAGCGGGUGCGGGAGCCCGGCUGCGGCUGCUGCCUCACCUGCGCCCUGCGCCUCGGCCAGCCCUGCGGCAUCUACAGCGAGCGCUGCGGCGCCGGGCUCAGCUGCCAGCCGCGGCCGGAGGAGGCGCGGCCGCUGCAGGCGCUGCUGGAGGGCCGCGGGCUCUGCACCAACGCCACGGCCGGCGGCAAGCUGCGGGCCUUCCUGCUGCCCGGACCGCACGCCGCAGGAAAUUCCAGUGAUUCAGAAGAAGACCGAAGUACCAGUAGCAUAGAAAAUCAGGCUAUCCCAAACUCUCACAAGGUGCCAGAUUCCAAAUCGCAUCCGCAGCACAUCAAAAUAGAUAUCAUCAGGAAAGAGCAAGCCAAAAAUACACAACGCUACAAAGUGGAAUAUGAUUCACAAAGUACAGAUACACUGAAUUUCUCUUCUGAAUCCAAACAAGAGACUGAAUAUGGUCCCUGUCGUAGAGAAAUGGAAGACACAUUAAACCACCUAAAGAUCCUGAACGUCUUGAGUCCUAGGGGUUUCCAUAUUCCAAAUUGUGACAAGAAGGGGUUCUACAAGAAAAAGCAAUGCCGCCCAUCCAAAGGCCGAAAAAGAGGUUAUUGCUGGUGCGUGGAUAAAUACGGACAGCCGCUUCCUGGAUACGAUGGGAAGGGAAAAGGAGACGUCCACUGCUAUAACUUGGAAAGCAAGUGAGGGGGUAGAGGCCAUCUCUUCUGGCGCCUGUGCGUGGGAAUUGGACGUAUCAGAGACCUUGGAGGGGCUGGGCCAACACCAUGGACUGCGUUGCACGUGGAGCUGUGCGUCCUGCCUCCCGCCUUGCCGGGGGAUCCACUGACUCUAUGGACUCUGCAGUUGCACCCCGCCACUGACACACUUCAGGCUCCCUAUAGCACGUGUAGGGAGCUCUGACUUCCCGAGUAAAUCUGCACUAUUGAUACCCAGAAAGAAAGAAAGAAAGAAAGAAAAAAAGGCACUUCAGAAUGGAUUCAGGGAGUCUCCACUGACUUUUUAAAGAACGGCCUGUGACCAAUUUAAUCCCGAAAGAUACUGUGUUUUAUUUUAAAGAAUUUAUAGAUUGUAAGCUUGUAAAAAUAUUAAAACAACAACAACAAAAAACACAAGGAUUUAAAGUUUAAGCUUUUUUACAGGUCUGACGGGAAACUUAUCUUCACGGGUAAAAUGUUUUAUAAAAAUCUCAAAGAACUUUUUAAAGAAACAUAUUUCUAAAAUAAAGACAUGGCUAUUUUUUCUGUAAAAUAUAUUAUGAAUAUUCUGUUAGUCUGUAUUUAAUAUAAUUGUUUUUUAAUAAACUUUAUUUAAAUGUAACAUGUGAAUACCAAAUAUUACACAAUAAUUUUAGUGUAAACUUAUGUAUGCAAAGAGAAAGUGAGGGGAUGGGAUGAUUUGCAAAUAUGUAUAGAUUCAUAUGCAUACACACUGACCUAUUCUAGAUGAUAGUAAUGGAUUUAUGGAGUAAAGGAAGUGUUUCCAGAAGAGGUUAAAUUUCCUCAUUUGAAAUGGCUACAAAUACCAAGAUAGUUUUCUUUUAAGGUUUUUUGUUUUUUUUCCACUUUAUUGGUAUUUUUAAUGCACCCAUCACUGAAUUAUGCCACUGGAAAGAAUGACAGUUGCACUGAAGCUCUCUGUAAAGCAUCCUUCUGUCUGUCCUGUGCUUCAGUUAGUGUAACAGGGCUUAAAUUUCCUCUGUUUCCUUCAGAACUGUCCAUGCUAGUAUAAAAUAUUCAUGGACAAAAAAUUGCCAUUACAGUAUGACUCUUUCUGCUUGCUUAUUUAUUUUUUAAAAGCCUGUAUCUGUUCUCUGUUGUCUUGAUAUACCCUACCAAAGCACAUAUUCUGUAUGAGGAACUCCUGUUUAAGUCAAUGCCAGCAAAGUGGGGGCUUACGGACCCGGUUUUAAGACCUGUGCGCUUCACUUUGUGCUACCGCACGAUCGUUGCUUCCUUUGACUUUGGUGGAAGGGAUUUGCCUGCGUUUAAGCAUAGAGUAAGAACCAUUGGGUUGAAAUAUUUAAACCAGUUCUCUGCCAUGGUGUUAUACGUCUUUUUAAUCACAAGAGAAGUGUUUUGGUUUUGUGCUGAUAUGUGAUGCUUUCACAUAAGGAAGUCUUUGGCACCAAUUUGAGGCUGACUGUUUAUUGAACUUCAUGACAAAUUCUGUAUGACAAUGAAAUUUGGAGAAGGAAAGGUGGCCAGUGAAAUGUAACAUCUCUCUUGGAAAGUAA